CACACACACACAUCCGACAAAAUGUUGAAAAAUAAAACAAAUGAUGAAAAAGUCGACACAUUACUGGCCAAAAGUCUGGUGCCCAUUAUCGAUUUGGCUCAUUGUGGUACCGAAGAAUGUCCAGUAAAAUCAGUUGUCACACGUGUUGGCCAUCAGUUGCACAAAGCUCUCACAGAAAAGGGAUUGGCGCUUUUAGUCAAUCACGGUAUUUGUGAUGAAAAGCUCAAAACUGCCUGGGAUCAUUUAGACGAUUUUGUAGAUCUACCAGACGAUGUCAAACAACAUUAUAUACGCACUGGUGAUGACAAUCAUGGUUAUGUGAGUCCCGGCAUUGAACGUUUCGAUGGUAAAACACCCGAAUUACGUCACGCCUUCAACAUUUGCACACUGAACGCCAAAAAUCUGCCCGAAGAACCAUUACCCGGUUUUGCCGAUCACAUAUCUGUGCUCGCUGAAGAUUUUAAAGCAUUGGCUCGUUUUAUACUGCAAGCAUUGGCAAUAUCAUUAGAUAUACCGCAAACAUUUUUCCUUGAAAAACAUUCACAUAUGUUGUCGGGAGAUAAUGACAACGAAACUACCCUGCGUCUUCUGUACUAUCCACCGGUUGUGGAAGAUGAUGAGAGCAGCAAAAAUACAUAUGUCAAGGGACGUUGUAAAUAUAGCUAUCAACGUUGUGCCUCGACACAACCAGAUUUUCGUCCUGAAUAUGAUCCGCGUGAUGAAUACAACGAUGUGGAUGGUGGGGAAAAUAAUAAAAAUACCACAGAACGGCAUUUGCCAAAUGGCGCGGUAAUACGUUGUGGUGCCCAUACAGAUUAUGGUACAUUUACGCUAUUGUCUCAGGAUUCAGAGGGUGGUUUGGAAGUCCAGCUGCCGGGCAGUGAAAAAUGGCAUAGAGUUGGUCAUUUGCCGGGUGCGAUUUUGGUAAAUUGUGGUGAAAUUUUAUCGAUAUGGACACAAAAUAAAUAUGCAGCUCUGCCUCAUCGUGUUGUUGUACCCGAACAAGAGCAUUUACGUUCCCGCGGUCGUCAUUCGAUAGCCUUCUUUUGUCAUCCUGAUAAUAUGACAAUGAUUUCACCUAAUGAUUUGCCUCUACCCGCCGAAAAUCAAGAUGCCAUCAACAAAAAGCCCCGCAAAAAAUCAUUCAAGGCUGCAAAAGAAAAAGUUUACAAUGCGUAUCAGCUAAUUCAGAAACGUUUUCGAGAAACUUACACCAAUGGCACACAUUAACAUUUAACCCAGCCA